GAACAUUAGUUUGGUCUAAUAUCAGCAUUGCACCAAGUCUUUGCGUCUUAUAAUUAAAAUAAUACAGAAAUGAAAUAAUCUGGAAGGAUGUGUGAUCCCUACGGCGGUUGGAGGGAAGCGAGGCGACAAAGAAAUAAAUCUUCGACUUGUCUUUCCCUGUCAGUUUCUCACUGUGGAAUUUAUGAUGCACCAACAAGGACAGUGGAAAUUGGACGUGAGAGACAGACGGACAGAGAAAGAGAGAAAAAUAGACGGAGAGGAGGGAGGGAGAGACAGAAAUCCCCAGAGACGAGAGAGGGGGAGGAGGAGAGAGACGCAGCCAGAACCAGACAUGAGUCCCUCGGUGGUUUAGUCGCCGGUCGCUCGGCGGAACUCACGGAUUCGCUGAUUUCAUUUCCAGCGGACAAUGAAACUAACUCAAGUAGAUUUGAACAACGUCUAGCGGGGGAGCAGACACUUCCAUAGCCCGCCGAAAGACUGACACAUUCAAAUCGAUAGAUAGUUAGAUUUCGGAGGAAGAGGAGGAGAAAGCAGAGAGGGGAGGAGGAGAGAACCGAGACGGAGGGAGGACGGACGGACCGGAGAGGAAGGAGAGGAGAGGAGUCUGGAGAGAGCGCAGAGACAAGAGGAGACAUUUCAGGGGGUCAUUUAGUCUUAUUUUGGGUCUCCUCUCCUUCUUCCAGCCUCCUCCACCCCCUGCUUUUAAUUUCUUCAUCUCUUGGAGCAUUUAUGUCUGCUUUUGGGAGGCGUUAGAUGUUGAACUUGAUGGGUGUUUUAAACGCCACCGCCCCCAAUGUCUCCUGUACUUGCAACUGUAAGCCCUACACCUCCAUCCAGAACAUGGAAAUCACCCAGCUGGAGUUCGUCCAGAUCUUGGUGAUCGUGGUGUUCAUGAUGGUCAUGGUGGUGGUCAUCACCUGUCUGCUCAACCACUACCGCAUGUCUGCGCGCUCCCUGCUCUCCAGGCACUCCCCUGCCCGCAGGAGGCACCUGCCGCUGGCCAAUGAGGGAAGCCUGUGGUCGUCUGAGAGCACUGGGACCAGCAGUGGUCUGAAUCAGCACCAGGUGUAUAACCCGCGGCCCCCGGACAGAGGAGUCAUGUCGUACCUGCAGCGCGACCCGCAGCCCAGCCAGCCGCAGCCUCUGCUUCAAUCACAGCGCUUCCAGCAGACGUACGGCCCGAGUCGCUUCCAGCCGACAUACCCCUACCUGCCCCAGAGCCUCAUCGACCUCCCGCCCACCAUCUCCCUCUCAGACGGCGAGGAGCCGCCUCCGUACCAGGGGUCCUGCACUCUGCAGCUGAGGGACCCUGAACAGCAGAUGGAGCUGAACCGCGAGUCGGUUCGCCCUCCGCCCAACCGAACAGUGUUUGACUCCCACGCCCUGGACCCCUCCCACUCCUGCCUGCAGGCCAGGCUGCAGGCUCCGCCCCCAAGCGUCCAUUCAGGUAUUAGUGUGCUAGCGGCCCAAGAGGCUUUGUCCCGGCAGCAGAAACAGAACUCUCAAGUCGAGGGUACUCCCCCGACUUACAGCGAAGCCAUCGGGCACUUUUACCACCCAGCAACACUCGCCUCCACCCAGAGCCAUCGGACGGUAUCGUCCCUGCAGGGGACGCCGUCCUCUCUCAUACACGGCCUGCUCAGACCUCUGCCCAAGCAGCAAGGAAGUGUGGAAAACAGGAACACAAGGAACACAAAGGAGAAAUCCCAGAAGCCGGAACAGGUGUGACUGGACUGCUUUCUCUUCAUUCCAGCUUAAAAAAAGACAAAAGAAAAACACCCCAAAUUCCAUCAGCUCACCAUUUGGGAAAUCAUCCGCGGGCAAUGAGGAACGAUGA